AUGCAAAUGUCUAUCGCUAAAUUCGCUGCUUUAUUAGCCGUUGCUGCUUCUGCCAGUGCCCUAACCACCGAACAACAAAUUCAAGAAAUGGAAAUUCUACUAACUGAUGUCGGUGCUAAUUUAAAUGAUUACGUUGGUUUAGUUGGUCAAAUGGACAUCCCAGAUGCCUUAUUCGACAUUUACGGUGAAAUGUUAACCGCCACUGAUGACUCUUACACCACUUUAUUAGCUCAAUUGGAUAUGAGCCAAAUCUCCACGAUGAUGACCGCUUUACCAUGGUACUCUUCCAGAUUAUUACCAUUAGUCUCAACCUUCAAUGACGUUGCUGCUGCUGCCGCCACUUCCAGCACCGCUGCCGCUGCCACCACAUCCUCUUCUGUCGCUGCUGAAACCACAUCUUCUUCUGUCGCCGCUGUUACCACAUCCUCUUCUGUCGCCGCUGCUACCACAUCUUCUUCUUCUGCCGCUGAAACUACUUCUACCUCUGCCGCUGCCGAAACCACUUCAUCUGCCGCUGCUGCCAAGACUACCGUUGCUGCUGUCUCGCAAAUCACUGACGGUCAAAUUCAAGCUACUACUGGUGCCACUAUUAACGAACAACUCGAAAACGGUGCCGCUAGAAACGUUGCUGGUUUAGGUGCUGUUGCCUUCGCCGCUGCCAUGUUAUUAUAA